AUGGCUACAACGACAUCUGUAUCUUGUACAUGCACAUUGUGUACGAAAUGGUUGGCACCCGACCCUGGUACGGGGCGGGUUGUAAUCACGUGUGCAGAGAAUCGUUGUUUGUGUGAAAAGGAAGUUAAUUUGGAGGGUGAACAGGUCGGAGGAGAAUGGCGUGUGUAUUAUCGUUGUGCAAGACGGGGGUGCGGGUACAAUUUAAAUGCCUUGGCAGUAAAUUUGAAACAACAAAAGACUAUUUUAAGACAUUGCGAAGAUUAUCUACUUGAUCAACAUGUUCGUUGUGAUUGUAAUAAAAUUGCGGGUUAUUCUAUAGAAGAUGUACCCUUGCUCGGGUUACAAUUGUUUUUUGUUUGUCGAUUGGGUCGGUGUCAAAUGCAUCAGAGUACAUUGGAGGUGGAUGCGUUAAGUCUACGCGGGGUUCGCUGCCUUUGUCACAAACCGUGUGUUUUGAGGGACGGUUUUUACAUCUGCCCCAAUGCAGACGAUACAUACUGUGGUUUUUGGAUUGCACAACAAGAUUCGAUUACACAUAUGCAUGUUGAACUUACAUGCGAACAAAUGUUGGAGCAUGCAUACUUAGCGUUUCCUUAUAUUGCGCAAAGGGUUUGUGAUAAACCUGGACGCUUAAAAUUUAAAUACAAUGCUAAUUAUACAAAUGGGCAUUUGGGGUAUGUAUGUGGGGAUCAAGAUUGUGAUGUGUUUAUUACUGAUAUAUUGCACUUUUAUAAAUAA